CUUCUUUACCUUCAUGCCACCGCAGGGGUGACAACAAGAGCCAGACACACAGCCAAAGACCAAAAACACAGCGGUCAGACAUCAGCAGCCGCUCUGGUGAUCCGCUCUGCUCAGCACAUUCAAUAAGGAGGUUUAUCACAGGAAACCUGAAGAGAUGAGCGGCAGCAAGAAGAUGGAGGACGAGGCGGUGCUGGACCGGGGGGCGUCCUUACUCAAGCACAUCUGUGACGAGGAGGAGGUGGAGGGUCACCACACUAUCUACAUUGGCGUGCGCGUGCCCAAGAGCUAUCGACGUCGGAGGCGCCACCGUCGGAGAACCGGCCACAAGGACAGAAAGGAGAAGUUGACGGAGAACACCUCUGACAAGUCGGACACAGAAAACAACGAUGAGGCCAGCAACAGCAUCCUCAAACCUCUCAUCUCACCAGCGGCCGAGAGGAUCCGCUUCAUCCUCGGGGAGGAGGAUGAUGGCCCGGCACCCCCACAACUCUUCACUGAGCUGGACGAGCUGCUGUCGGUGGAUGGACAGGAGAUGGAGUGGAAGGAAACGGCCAGGUGGAUCAAGUUUGAGGAGAAGGUGGAGAAAGGCGGUGAACGGUGGAGUAAACCCCACGUGGCGACGCUGUCCUUACACAGCCUGUUUGAACUGCGGACGUGCAUAGAGAAAGGCACCAUCAUGCUGGACAUGGAAGCUUCCACUCUGCCUCAGGUUGUUGAGCUGAUCACUGACAACCAGAUAGAGAUCGGGCAGCUGAAGGCCGACCUGAAGGACAAAGUGAUGUACACGUUGCUACGGAAACAUCGUCACCAGACCAAGAAGUCCAACCUGCGCUCCCUGGCUGACAUCGGCAAGACGGUCUCCAGUGCAAGUAGGCUGUUUUCCAACCAGGAAAACGAUAGCCCCACCACAACUCACCGGAACCUGACCUCCAGCAGCCUGAACGACAUUUCUGACAAACCGGAGAAAGAUCAGCUGAGGAACAAGUUCAUGAAGAAGUUGCCGAGAGACGCCGAGGCCUCCAAUGUGCUGGUGGGGGAGGUGGACUUCCUGGACGCGCCGUUCGUGGCGUUUGUUCGUCUGCAGCAGGCUGUGAUGCUGGGAGCCUUAACGGAGGUUCCUGUUCCAACAAGGUUUUUAUUCAUCUUGCUUGGACCCAAAGGCAAAGCCAAGUCCUACCAUGAGAUUGGCAGAGCGAUCGCCACGCUGAUGUCAGAUGAGGUCUUCCAUGACAUUGCGUAUAAGGCCAAGGACAGACAAGACCUGCUGGCCGGUAUCGAUGAGUUCCUGGACGAGGUCAUUGUGCUUCCUCCCGGAGAGUGGGACCCCACCAUCAGGAUAGAACCUCCAAAAUCCCUCCCGUCCUCUGACAAAAGGAAAAACAUGUAUGCAGGAGGGGACUCUCAGAUGAAUGGAGACAUGCCUCAUGAUGGAGGUCACGGAGGAGGGGGGCACGCUAUAGGGGAAGAGCUGAAGAAGACUGGAAGGUUCUGUGGGGGUCUCAUACUUGACAUCAAAAGAAAAGCGCCUUUCUUUGUCAGUGACUUCACCGAUGCAUUUCACAUUCAGGCCCUGUCAACCAUUUUGUUUAUUUACUUGGGAACUGUGACAAAUGCCAUCACCUUCGGUGGCCUGCUGGGGGACGCUACGGAAAACAUGCAGGGUGUGUUGGAGAGUUUCCUGGGCACAGCGAUCGCUGGCGGGGUCUUCUGUCUGCUGGCUGGCCAGCCUCUCACCAUCCUCAGCAGUACUGGUCCUGUUCUGGUGUUUGAACGGCUGCUCUUCAACUUCAGCAGAGAUAAUGACUUUGACUACCUGGAGUUCCGGCUGUGGAUCGGUCUGUGGUCGGCGUUCUUCUGCCUGGUGCUCGUGGCCACUGACGCCAGCUUCUUGGUUCAGUACUUCACCCGGUUCACGGAGGAGGGCUUCUCCUGUCUCAUCAGCUUCAUCUUCAUCUAUGAUGCCUUCAAGAAGAUGCUCAAGCUAGCUCACCACUACCCCAUCAACUCUGACUUUAAGCUGGACUUCAUCACGCAGUACGACUGCCUCUGUAUGGCCCCAGCUGUUCUAGAGAACAGUACAGAGAUCAUUGGUGAUCCUAUAGAAGGCACUUCAGUCUGGUACUGGAACAACACUGAUCUGUCAAUGAACGCCACGUGGUCGUCCCUCACAAAGACGGAGUGCUUGAAGUACAAAGGGGAGCUGGUGGGGAAGGCCUGCGACUUUGUCCCAGACAUCACCCUCAUGUCCUUCAUCCUGUUCUUUGGCACUUACACCUGCUCCAUGUGUCUGAAGAAGUUCAAGACCAGCCCGUUCUUCCCCACCACUGUAAGGAAACUCAUCAGCGACUUUGCCAUCAUCCUGGCCAUCCUCAUCUUCUGUGGAGUCGAUAUGCUCGUGGGAGUCGAUACUCCGAAACUAAUUGUGCCAAGUGAAUUCAAGCCAACAAGUCCUAACCGGGGCUGGUUUGUGCCCCCGUUUGGAGGAAACCCCUGGUGGGUUUACCUGGCAUCGGCUCUUCCCGCCCUGCUGGUCACCAUACUGGUCUUCAUGGACCAACAGAUUACUGCUGUGAUCGUCAACAGGAAGGAGCACAAGCUGAAGAAAGGGGCAGGUUACCAUCUGGACCUGUUCUGGGUGGCUGUUCUGCUGGUGAUUUGCUCCUUCAUGGGUCUGCCGUGGUAUGUGGCUGCCACCGUCAUCUCUAUCGCUCACAUCGACAGCCUGAAGAUGGAAACGGAAACAUCGGCUCCUGGAGAGCAGCCAAAGUUCCUGGGUGUGAGAGAGCAGAGGGUCACUGGUGUGUUUGUGUUCAUCCUGACAGGACUGUCUGUAUUUAUGUCUCCUAUUUUGAAGUACAUCCCCAUGCCUGUGCUGUAUGGAGUCUUCCUGUACAUGGGAGUUGCCUCUCUAAAUGGAGUGCAGUUUAUGGAUCGUCUCAAGCUGCUUCUGAUGCCCGCAAAACACCAGCCAGACCUCGUUUACCUGCGACACGUUCCCCUCAGGAAGGUCCACCUCUUCACCUUCAUCCAGGUCCUUUGCUUGGCUCUGCUCUGGAUCCUCAAGUCCACUGUGGCUGCCAUCAUAUUCCCUGUCAUGAUCCUCGCUCUGGUCGCUGUCAGAAGAGCGAUGGACUACAUGUUCUCCCAGCAUGACCUCAGCUUCCUGGACGACGUCAUCCCAGAGAAGGACAAGAAGAAGAAGGAGGAUGAGAAGAAGAAGAAGAAAAAACGGGGCAGCAUAGACAGCGAUGCUGAGGAUUCUGACUAUCCUUACAAUGAGAAUGUUCCCAGCAUUAAAAUCCCCAUGGACAUGAUGGAGCAGGAGCCCUUCUUAGGUGAUAAGGCCUCUGACAGAGAGAAGUCCCCUUCAUUCCUUGAGCGACACACAUCGUGCUGAGCAGCUUCGCUAUUACCAGGCCAACUGCUUGUCCAGCCCUGAGAUGAGUCCGCUGAAGUCUGUGCCUCAGAUUAGAAUAGAC